AUGGCUGAGGCGCUCUCGGACCGGGAGCCGAGCUCCCCGGGGCUGGAUCUGGAGGAGAUAAGUAGGAAGAUUUCUUUCCUCGACAAAUGGAGGGACAUCUUUAGUUAUCACAGGUUGGGAAGCAGUAACACAGCUCCUCAGAACCAUGAAGACAGCCCCGUGUCUGCAGAUAAAAGGGGAGAUGGACCAGCACUACCUCAGCCCAAAGGACAAGGACACUUGCCUCCAAGUGGCCUUUGUUCCGUUGCCAAGCGCUGGAUCACCCCUACAAAACCGGGCGGCCUCCCUGUCUCCCCGCCGAUGGCCACAAAGCUGCGGCAGAGCCUCUUUGGAAAUACGGUCCAUGUCUUCAGCCCCGACUGGAAGAGGGCCCGUUUCAGCUUCCACAAACCUUUUUCUGACCUGGCUUUCGCCUUGGAAGUGGGAGAGGGCGGAGCUCGAAGCAUCCAGAUGGCCGUGCAGGGCUCCAUCAUCAACUACUUGCUGUUUCCCCGGAAGGAGAAAGACUGCCGCUUCCGCAGGGUCCCAGCGAUCAGCUCGCAGGAGCAGAAGCAGGCCCUGGCUGCCGCACUCGCUGGUGUCCUGUGGGCGGCGGGAGACGCUCAGAAGGCCACCGUCUGUCUUGUCACUGAGGACACUCACGUCACCCGGACCCCUGACUACUCGGCGGACGGCUUCACGGAGCGGCUCCGGCUGUUUGACGUGUUAGAGCGAGAAGCCACCGAGAAAUUCAUCUAUGACCAUUUACAAUGCUUCGGUGGGGAAGGAAGCCGCGGGGUCAUCCUGUUUCUUUACAGCCUGAUCUUCUCCAGAACAUUUGAAAGGCUCCAGGGGGACCUGGAUGUCUCCACCACGCACCUGUUACAGCCAGGCGCCGGGGGCCUCCUGUGCGGGCAGGCGGUUCUGAACUUGAUCUUAACGGGGAGAGCAAGUCCGAAUGUCUUCGACGGCUGUCAGAACGGGGAGUCUCAGGAGACACUGCGCGGAGUCCUGAUGCGCAGUGACGUGGGCUUCCUGCGGUGGCGUAGGGACACCUCAGACGACGUGCUUCCCCAGGUGGGCAGCAGGCUGAAGACGCCCAGACUCCCGACCUGGCUGUGCGACGUCAACGGAAGCUACGGCGUCCUUUUCAGCACCGACAGGCAGCUCCUAUCAGACUGGAAAACGGAGCGGCUGUUCGACCUGUACUUCUAUGGGGGGCGGCCCUCCCAGAAAAAGCCUGCCCGUCUGACAGUCGACACUCACUCCCACCACUGGGAACGGGACCGACGCGAGGACACACGUGGGCCAGGGAGACGGUUUUCCCCGGUGGAGAUGGUUAUCAGAACCAAGUGGAGAGACGCCACCAUCGACUGGAACGGAACCGUUCCCUUGUUCUGA